ACACACACACACACACACACACACACUCACUCACAGUCACAGAUCCAGCCUUGUCUAACACACACACACUCACUCACUCACUCUCUUUUACGUGGAAAACAACAAAAAAAAGAGAAAGAGAGAGAGAGAGAGAGCAGAGUUUCCGCCACUACGUGUAUAGAUAUAAAAGAAAUAGAUUGAAAGGGGAGGUGAAGGAGAGGAGAGGAGAGGAAGGAAAGGAAGGAAGGAAGGUGAAAAUAGUGUUUGAACUUACCUGGAAAAUCACACCUGAGGAAAUUAAUUAGUAAAGGUGAUGAAGGUGAACUAUAAUUAGGUGAAGAAAAUAAUAUAGCAAAAAAAAAAAAAAGACAGACGGAAAGAAAAUAAAUAAAUAGAUAAAAAGGGAGAAAGAAAAGAUUAACCAAAGGAAGGAAAAGGAGAAGAAAAAGAGGAAUAGCAGAAAGAAAGAAAGAGAAAAAUAACAUCCAUUAAUAAGAAACUAAAAAAUAAACAGAACAAAGAAUAAAGAAAGAGAGAAAGGAAGAGAAAAAAAAACAAAGAAGAAAAAAAAGGAGAAUUCGAACCAGCAACAGGAAGAAGAAGAAGAGGAAGAGGAAGCAAAAUGGAAACAAUAAGAAUAAGAAGUAACCAGGGAAGAGGAGGAGGAGGAGGAGGAGGAACAGGAAGACGAGAAACAACGCCCAUCAUCAACACCACCAACACCACCACCAACACCACCACCAUCUCCACCAACAUCAUCACCGCCAACAGCCUCAUCUUCCCAUUCAUCUUCAUCGCCCUGCUCCUCAACACUCCCUUCAGCCCUAUCAAACUCGUAACUGCAGAUGACACCCCAGAACCAACCACCUCUGCCCCUCCCGUCAACGAAAGCGAAGUAACCACAGAGUCAGGAGAGAUACUCUUGAACGAAACUGAGUACGAAGAUUUCUCCGAUGUGACCAAGUUUGUGGACGGCAUGAACAAAUGGGACUUCAUGGGGUCGUGGGCGAAGUACGACCUCUCGAAGCUUGCGGAAGACCAGCGACCCUUGCCCCUGGUGACCGAUGGAGAGGACCAGGGCGUGUUCAUUUGCCAGGCCUCAGCCAUCCCCAGCACCCUCCUGAAGACGUUCCCGACCCUACACAACGCCACCUUCGCCCUCACCUACUACGCGAAGGCCGAUGGAGGCAAGCUGCAUAUGACAGGUGAGGUGGUGGGCGUCGGCGAACAGGUGGAGACGCUCUUCAACCAGUCGGUGCCGGGCGAUGGGACGGGGCACGCGGAGGGCACUUGGGGCACCGACAACUUCACGCUGCCUGAACUCGCUGCCAUGGGGGACUUCAAGCUCCGCGUGAGCGUCCGUCACAGCGCAUCGGGCGUGUGGGCGGCGGCGGAGUUGAGGGUGGAAGGGACGACAGGACCCCCCCUCCCUCCCGUCACUACACCCGCACCCCCCAUCGUCCCCCCCGUCACCGUCACGACUAACGCCACACACUUGAACAAAACGACAACAACGACAACAACAACGACUCCUGCCCCGCCGGUAAAUACCACCACCGAAGCGCCCCACAACAUCACCACCACCACCACCACCACCACCACCUCCACCACCACCACUGAGGAUCCGGAGGAGGAAGUGAACACACUGGAAGGCAUCGCGCAAGCCAUCUGGGACGCCUUCUACGUGUUUCUGGCCCUGUUCUGCGCUUGCCUGGUCGCCCUUGUGGCACUCAUCGUCCACGGAAGAUGCAAGUACGUGGGUUCCUAUCCUCUGCACAGGGCCGCCUCCGCCUAGACGCCGCGGGAGAUGACGAGCCGCCCCCCGCCGUGGCCACCUAUAACCCCCGCACGGCCUCCUACCGCAUGGACAAGGUCUACGAUAAUCCCUCUUACGACAACAACGCCGUGUGAGAGGCGCCAAGACCGAGACCAAGAGGAUCGCUGUCUCGACCUCCGUUUUCUGUUUUCGUUUUCGUCCCCGCUGGUGCCGUUGUUUUAAGGAGGACUUCGGGAUUUUUUUAUUUGAUUUUCUCCGUUUGUUUUAGUGAGUGAGCCUUUGUUUUUUUUAUUAUUAUGAUUUGUUGUUAUUCAUUUGUUUUUCUGUUGUUUUUGUUUCCUUUUCCGCCGUCGUUGUCGUCUUCGCUACAAUCACCGUUUUUUUUUAUUUUUUAUUUUUUUCAAGGAGGACUUCGGCAUUUUGUUUCUUGGUUUUCACGAGUCGUCUUUUUUUUUUUUUGUUUCCCCGAUGAUUUCUUAUUAUCCACUCCUUGUAAUGAUAAGAAAUAGUUCAUCAUUUUUUCUUUUCGUCCGUUAUGAUGUUUUCUUUUUAUCUGUUGCCAUAAAACAAGAUAUUAUUCGUUCAUUUUUCAUUAUAAAGAGUACGCCAGGGGAUUGUUUUCGUUUGCUUAUAUCUAUCUGUGUUGUGAUGAGUGCCUUUGUGCCUGUAUUACCAUGAACAUAAGUUGCUAUUCAUUAUUUUUCUAUCACAACUCACAAGGAUUACUUCGGCAUUUUGUUCGUGUUUUUUUUCUUUUUAAUAUUGUUUCCGCUCUGUAUUGAAGAGUCUUUAUUUAUUUGUUUAUACCGUGCUGAGUUGUUAUUCGAAUUCAUUUUACCUCAUUUUCUGCCACAAGGAGUACGUCGGCAUUUUGUUCGUGUUUUUUUCUUUACAAUUUUAUUUUCGCUCUGUAUUGAAGAGUCUUUGCUUAUUUGUUUUUACCAUGAAGAGUUGUUAUUCGUAUGCAUUUUACCUCAUUUUCAGCCACAAGGAAUACGUCGGCAUUUAAUUUUCCGGUCUGUAAUGAUUCGUUUUUAUUUCAGCCCACCGAACUGUUAGUCUUAAUUUUCCUUUUCUUUUUCCUCCUAUUUUACUUUGUUUUCCAGCUUUUUGUUUAUCACUGACGGUCCCUUCCUCCUCCUCCUCCUCCUGUAACCCCCCACCACCUCCUCCUCCUGCUCCUCGCUAUUCCUCCUCCCUGACCUCUACCUCCCCUUUUUCCUUUCCUCCACCUAUCCCUCCACUUCUACGACCACUCUUACCAUGACCUCUUAACUCUGACCACGACCAUGACCUCUAGAACCCCCUCCUCCUCCUCCUCCUCCCUCGACUUUAUUCUUUUAUCUGAGGUCGUUUUGGUGACUUUACGUUCGCCUUUACGAGCCUUAAGACGCGUAUGGGAAAGGUUUAAGUGAUGGAUUGAUGUGUGUGUUUGUGUGCGUGUGUGUGUGUGUGUGUGAGAGAGAGAGAGAGUGAGUGAGUGUGAGAGAAGAACUAGAUAUAUAUAGUGAAUGACAAAUAUAAUAAAUGUUUAAAUAUAUCGAUGCGUUGAUUUAUAGGGGUAACUUGGGUAUACAGAACACAUAUGGAUACGUGAAAAAUACAUGUUCAUAGGGCCAGUAUAUGUAUGUAUGUAUGUAUGUAUAUGUAUGAUCAGGCCCAAUAUGAUGUGGCUUAGUACAUAUUCCUGACUCAUUUUUAAGGCUCCUGUAUGCAUAUAUGAGUGGAUUAUGAGUUACAUACAUGAUAAUAUAUAUACGUGGAAUCUAUUCAAUAAGUGGAGAGACAUAUAAGUGUAAAAGACAUUGAUACAAGGGUAGAUAUAGGCAGAAAUAAAGUAGAUAGUUAUAAAUUAUGUUACAAAAGACAGAGAGAGUAGAUGAUAUUGAUGGAUAAGACAGGAGAAUAAGGAAUGAGUAAAAAACAUGGAAAAUAACAAUGAAAUAGACGUCAAAAUAUGAGUAAAUAGUUAAGUUAUAAAUAAUUAACAGAAGACAAGGAGAGAGUAGAUAAUAUUGAUAGAUAAGAAGAUAAAAAAAUGAGUAAAGAACACGUGAUAAAUAAGAGAAUAAGAGACACCAAAUAGGCUAGAGAGAGAGAGAGAGAGAGAGAAUACAGAACAUGUAAUAAAUAGGAGAGGAAAAUACGAAUAUACAGAGAAAGCAAAUAGGAAAAGGAAUAGGGAAAUAGGAAUGCCAUAGAUAAGGUAAGAAAAAAAGUGAUUGAUAGAUAAAUAGUCAAUAGAUAGAUAAUAAUUGACAUACAGAGGAACAUGUUAACUGAAUGUCAUCUUUAAGUGGCUGGUUUUGACACGGGGGAAAGUUAAUAAAGAGGAAAUGGGAACUAUUAAAAAGACAUUACUAAGCCGCUGCCUUGAGGUCAUUACGAAAUAUUUAUCAGGUAGGAUGUAAUUAUUGUUGUAAGGCUUAUUAUUAUUAUUAUUAUUAUUAUUAUUAUUAUUAUUAUUAUUAUUAUUAUUAUUGAAUGAAACUGUGUGCAUAACUAUUAUUAAAAAG